AUGGCAAUGGCAUCUCAACUACCAUUCGGCAAGAAUGUAUUUAUUGACAAUCUGCCGGAUGCCGUUCGUCUUCUCCCAGCCUCUGCCCGAAUGAAUCAUAAACUCGUGAGCCCCACAGAGGAUAUCCAAAGAUUCUUGAAGAAGGAUUUGAUGGUCAAUAAACUGAACCACAUCGAUAAAUACCUGUGGCUGGCUGGUCAACCCAUGCCGCCCAAGCCCUUAAAUUACCAGAUUGCAACCUCGCGCGAAAUCGCCGUGGACGAGAGAAUCGACAUGCACAUGUGUAUCACCUGGGAUAUGUGGCUCAGGCUGAACCAGCAGUUGUUGAAGAACGACGCGACUAGCCCCGCGAACAUCAACUCACGCAUCUUAAGCGGCUACCAGUUCACCUCUCAAACAUAUGGUGAGCUGUUUUACGACCAUCUUACUCCCCUGACUGCGGCCACCGUCUACGUUGCCUUGGAUGCUUCGUAUGGAUUUACAGUCUUUGCGAUCCUUGGACCUCUGAUCGGGAUUCUGUUGGUCGGGAUUAUUGGGGGCUUUGCCUUUACCAAUAAUCUGAUAGUGUCAUGGAAAUUCAAGCAGCAGCAAUUUGCCAUGUAUUAA